AUGUCGUCUAGAGCCUUAAAGAGACUCCAAAAAGAGCAGCUACCUGCCAUUGCACCCGAGAAAUCUGAUGAAGAAGUCGUAGAUUCAGAGGAGGAAGAUCAUGUCGAGAGCAAGCCCAUCAAGCAAAUCAACCCAUUCGACUUGCUGAAUGGAGACGAUGACGAUGUUGCAGAGGAAGAGGAGGAAGACGAAGCAGAGGAGAAGCAAGCAGAAGAAAUCAAAAAGCCUGAGCCUGUCAAUGUAAAGUCAUUUAACAUUACCAAGAAGAACAAGAAGAAGAAUAAAAAGAAAAACAACAAGAGUGACAACCAAAGCAAUAAUACAGAUGACAUGAGCAUGGAGGAGUUGAACAGAGUAUUGAAGCAGCUUGGAAAAAAAUCUUCAAAGGCAACCAAGAGCAAUCAAAACUUCAACACGGAGGAGCGUCGUCAAUUACUAGCUGUCAAUUACCGUCAUUUGAAUGCUCAAGCAGAGAUGAAACGCUUGUUUGGCUCUCAUGUGGUAAACACUGAAAAUCGAGCUUCUCAAGGCAGAGUGUUGAAAGUGUCGAAAUUUACCACACCAAAGAGCGAUUGGCCGCCUUACAAAAGACACGGCUUGUCCAUGGAGGUUGUGGAGACAAAGGACGGCAUCACCUACUAUGCAUUCAGACACUCGGAGCAGUAUCAGAAUGCUCAGGUAGAGUUCUUGCAAGCCGUUGCUACUCAUAAUCCACAUGCCCUGUUGUUCUUGACGAGAACACAACCUUACCAUGUCGAUAGCUUGCUUCAGCUGUCUGAAAUCUCAAAGCAGAGUGGAGACUGGCACGCUGCUGGUGAUUUUAUAGAACGAGCCUUGUAUGCUUGUGAAAGAGCUUUUCAUCCUCAAUUUUCACUUGCCACUGGCACAGCUCGCUUAUCCUACAAAAAACCAGAGAACAGAUCCUUCUUCUUGGCCGUUUUCCGUCAAAUACAAUUCUUGAUUCGUCGUGGAUGUUGGAAGACAGCGUUUGAAUUCAACAAGCUGCUGUUUAGCCUUGAUCCUGUGUCUGAUCCAUUGGGCGCUUUACUCUCCUUGGAUUACCAUGCCCUUUCUGCCAAAGACUAUGAGUAUGUCCUCAAAAUGCGGUCUGAAUGGAAGACAGAUGGCCGCCUCUAUCCCGUGGAUCUAGCUGAUAUGCCCAACUUUGCAUAUUCGUCAGCUUAUGCCAAGUUUAAGAUGAGCGAAAAGAGCAAGAACUCGAGCGAUGUUGUUCAGGCCACUCAGAUGAUGAAGGAGGCUAUUCAGAAAUAUCCUUUGGUUUACUGUCGACUUUUAGAGAAACUGGGCCAACCUGAACCUGAAGAAACUGUGAAAUUGACUCAAUACAUUCCCAAUGAAUACAUGGAGAUCAUGCAGCUAUCUUAUAUAGAACGUACUUUUGAAAUGUGGAAGGAACCUGAGGUCUUGGAGUGGCUCAAGGGCGUAGGAUCAUCUACUUUACCAGUUGUCGUCAACCAGCCUCAAGAGAUCCAACAAAAGCUGCUAUGUCAAGAAAAGGAUGCGGUCCCCUUGAGUGUCUCUCGUUACAUUGUCUUGAUUGACAUUCAAAAGUUGUUGUCUUACUUACCAUGGGGUGUUACUUCAACCAGUUACCACAUGUACGAUCCUUUGCCACCACCAGACUCAGAACCCUCAUACAACACAAGUGAGCGUGCGUCCUUUGGUGCUGGACGUGGUGUCCGUAUUGGCAAUGGCGAACAAAUGGAUGCUCACACUGUCAUCAAUGCGGUAAGAGAAUUGCUGGCUAGUAAUCGAUUGGCUCCUGCUAGUCAGGCAGAGGCUCAAGCACUGUUGGAGGAAUUGGAGAGACAUCGAGCAGACAAUGUCAACCACGUUCCUGGCGCAUUUCCGGCAGAUGUUGAUCAGUAUCCCGAUCUCGUGCAAGAACUGCGAGGUGCUGCUGAGGAGAACGAACAGGGCGAGGACGAAGAGGAUGACUGGGGACCCGCCCCACAGGGAGUGUCAAACAACAAUGGCGCUGACAUGGAUGAAGAGGAGAUGAGACAACUCAUGGAGGCAGUUGGAGAAGAAGAUUUAGAAGUACAGAGAGCUUUAGCAGAGGCAUUUGAGAGAAACAACCAAUAA